GCCAUAGAGUAGUAGAAUCCCUGUGUCGGGUGGAGGAGAGCCGCGCUUGUAACCUGUGCUCAGCGUUGCUCUCUAGUGGUGAGGCUUUCCGUUGUACACUAGUAGAACUAAGUGUUUCUUCAUUUCCCAUUCGCUUCUAUUUCUGUACUUAGGGAUCUGGUGGAAGGUAGUGUCUGAUUUAGAAUAAACCAUUUGAAAUGUCAAUAAAUAACUAAAUACAAUAAUUUAAAAAAAAAAGCAAAAGAGUUUUAAAGUUACUAAAGUGGAAAAAAAAACCAAUAGAAGAACCUAGAACGUAAGAAAAGGUAUUUCAUUUUUUCUAUUUGGAUGGCUCAGUUUACUCCAAUAUUUACUGUCUGAUAAUUAUGGAUACUGUGGAAGAUAGAAAGAUGAUACCUGCAACAGGUACUAAGCUCAGCUUAGUUUUUUUUUUUAAAUUAUAUUGAUCCUUUGUGAAUUUCUUUUUUUUCAUCAUAUUAUUUUUUAUUCUAUAAUUUCACGCACAUACACACAUGUAGAAUGUACUUUGAUCAUAUUUCCCCCCUUUUUCUGUUAUCCCUUCCCCUUCCCACCGGACUCCUCCCUACUUUCACAUCUUUUUCCUUCUGGCCCAUGGCAUUUAUCUAAGGUUGUUUGCGUAAGCCUGGCUGGAUUUGGGUUAUUUCCUUGAACGGGGCCAAUUUACCUGCCAGUGGCUACACCACUGAAGAAUGCCUUCUCCCAGCAACUGCCAAUAGAUCUCCAGGGAGGGGCAGGGCCAUCCGAGCCCCUCACUGCCCUUGAGGGAAGGUGGAGGAGCCCAGUGGUGUGUGGGUCUUGCUCUGGUGGCCCGAUUCUGCGUAAGUUUACCAGUUGCCCACCACAGAGCUUCUCUGACCAAGGCUGACGGCAACACUCAUCUACGAAUGUGAGAAUAACAUCUGGGCUGCUUGACCACUCGAGCUACCGCCAAGCCUGGGACCCAUCUCCGGGACCCACGUGGUGAAUGGGGCAGGAAUGGGGCACGGGGUGGUUCGCGCCGGGAACUCAGGAAAUUCCAGGUCGGCCUCAUUACCCUGGUGUCCAGGAGAAUGAUCCAUCCUUUGUGAAUUUCACACCAUGCGUUGUGAUCCCACUCAUCUCCCUGUCCCGUUGUAUCCACUCUCUGCCCUUGCAACCUCUCCCCCAAAAUAAAAUAAAAUAAGAUAAAAUUGUUGUGGAAGCUGUAAUGUGUCACCCACUACACUUUUUUUUGCCGCACCUCUUUACUUGCAAAUGCUCACAGCAAUGAGUCAUGGGUCUGUUUGAAGGCCUCUGGCUUCUGCUACACUAUACUGGAUCCUCACUGGGACUGCUCGAAGACAUCCUGUUGUUGCUCUGUGUCAUGGAGAUUCCGCCGCUUUGGAUCUGCAGAACGGGCCCUUUUGCCAACUCAAAGCCCUGGAUCUGUGCCUGGGAGAUAGCUGAGUUAGUCAGCCUGCCAGCUCUCCUCCAUCCGCACUAACCGGGGUUGCAACAGUGACUUUAAACUCUUACAGCUCUGCACAGGAAGCAUCUGAUUAAUGAAUGACAUACUCAUUUAGGACUGCUUAGAUCCUGCAGAUAAUCCUGUGAAUUAAUUCAUCUAUUUGUAGCUGAGACUUCGCACCCAAAGCUUAUCCAUUUUUGCCAUUUUAAACAGCCCAUAGCUCAUUGGAUCUGGCUCCUAGUGUUGAUUUCAGUAUGCUGCGACGAAAACCAACACGCCUGGAGCUCAAGCUUGAUGACAUUGAAGAGUUUGAGAGCAUUCGAAAGGACUUGGAGACCCGUAAGAAACAGAAGGAAGAUGUGGAAGGUGUAGGAACAAGUGAUGGAGAAGGAGCUGCUGGGCUCAGCAGUGACCCCAAGAGCCGGGAACAGAUGAUUAAUGAUCGAAUUGGUUAUAAACCCCAACUCAAGCCUAACAACCGCACAUCUCAGUUUGGAAACUUUGAAUUUUAGAGAUGAAUUCUCUUGCAUGCCAGACCUCUGGGACAGAAUACAAUGAUGGUAGAAAUAUAACCAGAUUUAGAGAAUUAAGUGUGUACAACCAAGGAGAAUGCUUUCUCUCUCCUGUAGGGAGAAAUAACUUCUGUGUGAAAUCAUUGCUGUUCAACCUUUCUAAUAAGCUGGAAGCCAAAUUCUGGCUUUUCCCUGGAAUAUUGAACUGCGGAAAGCUUACCUGAUUUUUGUUUUUAAAAAUAAAUAUAUUUUUGGAAAAAUGGGAGACAUCCUUAAGUAGUAGCCCUGCUAAUCCCUACCUCUGCCAAUUAACCGCUACUGAGUGAUGUCAUUCUCCUUUGCCUUUACAAAAAACCCCAAACCCAGAACACUUGCAGUUGAUCCCUUGGACUUUCACUUAACUCAUCUAUUCAGUAUUUGGUGACUGCUGACAGUACUUUGAGCAACAGCUCCCAGCUGUAAUCUAGCACUUGGGAGGCUGAGGUGGAGUCUCAUGAGCUGGAGGCUAGUCUGGGCUACAGAGUGAAACCCUGUUUCAAAAUGUCAAAAAAUCAAACUAAGAUCCCUGCCUCAUGGAGAUUGGAUUCUAAUGAAGACACUGUGAGAGUCAAAUCCACUUAGAGGAAGUCUUCACACAGUGAGGGAAACAGCUCUAACAGGAAAGGCGUUCUAUUCUGCUUGGGACUUGUGUAACUCUUGCAGCAGGAACCCAUCUGACAGCCAAUCUUGGUACUUUUUACCAUGCUCUAUUUUCACCAUAAAAUCCAGGGACAGAGCCAUCAGCUGUGGAAGCUACAACAUCUGGAAUCAAGUUUCAAAGAGACUCCUUAGCUGGGUUUUACCCAGGCUUUCGGAUAGUUCGUGAGUGAUGUGUUAGCAAGGUAGAGAUAGAAGGGGAUGUGUAGUUUCCUCUUCCUGCUCCAAGCUUUUUUACAAAACUUUUAUUCCAGUUUUAUUGAUGACCCCUAAGUCCUGUUAUCUUACUGUGUAGAAAAUAAUAAGACUCCGAAAACAGGCUAUAGAUAGAAGACUCAUGUUACUGCAGCCUGCAAAGUUUAGAGAUGGGCAAAGGAGACACUCCGCCCGCUUCAGUCCUCUGCUGCAAUUCCCUAGUAGUUUCAUGCUCCCUGCAUGCCUUGCCUUUUGUACUAAUAGCGGAUAUGCAGAGGGCUGUGUAAGGCAGUCCUGAGUGAUUCAUGAAGACAUCUUCAGUUCUGGAGAGGGCACACCAUUCUGAGUUUGCAGGAAGUGAACCAGAGCUCAGCCAUGAAGUGGUAGGUAGAUUUGAAUCCGAACAGUUUGCUUUCCAAGCCUGUGCUUCUAAAUGGCCUUAACUAUGUUGCUUUCUUAGGGUUCUUGGCUAAGUCUUUAAGAAAGCAGUGUGUGGGGGCUGGAGAGAUAGCUCAGAGGUUAAGAGCACUGGUUGCUCUUGCAGGUCCUGAGUUCAAUUCACAGUAACCAUAUGGUGGCUCAACAAUAACAAUAAUAAUAUAAAAAAAAAAACCCACAAAAAACCAAAACUAUAAUAAGAUCUGGUGCCCUCUUCUGGCAUGCAGGCAUACAUGCAGAUAGAACACUAUACACAAUAAAUGAAUAAAUUUUAAAAAAAGGAAUCAGUGUGUGGGGUAGAGAUUUUUCUAUUUUUAGGUUUCCAAAAAUUUCCAUGUUAUCUUAUUAGCAGAAUGAGACAGUUACUCAUCAGUAGAGCAGGACUCACUGCAGUUGCUAAUCUCUGGGCACACCUACAUUAUAUGUAUUAAUUCUGUGUUCCUUAGGAUCUGUUCCUUUCUGGAUUACCAACACCUAGGAGGUUAAGUCAGGUGUUCGUAGAGACACUGACCUUAUUCAGACCUUUGAUUUUUCUGAAGCCCUCAGGGAUAAUAUAAUCAGUAGACAGUAAAAAUGUAACAUGGCUUGGAUGCCUGUCUGGUUUGGGUGCCUUAUCUGUAUUGCUCUUAAUUUAAAUAGGUGCUACUCCUCCUUUGUGUGUAUGUGAAUGCACAUGCUAGGCCUGUUAGGGAUUGAACCCAGAGCUUAGAAAACUACAUUAGGCAAGCACUCAGCCACUGAGCUACACCCAUAGCCAUUUAUUUUUGUAACAGCGUCUCUCAUUGUAUUAGAAUCCCAGGCCAGACACUGCUCAAAUUAUGUCCCUCUUCAGCCCUCUUCAUCACCAUUUUCAUAGCUGGUUCAGAGAUUCCUGCUGCUAUAGGGAGACAGACAUGGUUUGGAGCAUCUGUAAACACAAUGCCCAGGUGUGGGACUCCAUGGCAGAGGGCUUCUGGUGGGGCAUAUCUGCCACCUUUAUGUGUCCUUCCUCACUUCCCCUAUAUUUGAGUGACACCUUUCUUUAGAAUUCCCUCCCUUCUCCCUGCCACAAAAAAUCAGAGAUAGACUGACUAGUGUUGGGCCUAAGCUCUCACAAUCUGUCAUGCUGCUAUCUGUAUUUUUAUGAUGUUAAUAAUUCUUAAUAAACUUCUUGC